AUGUUAUAUGGGGUAGUUAUUCUUGCUCUCGUCAGAUCCAGUCAUGGGCAGUGGGGCUACAAUCCCUAUGCUGUAGGAGGUUUCGGCAUUGCCCCACCUCCUCCACCUAAUACGAACGUUGGCGUGGGUUAUCCGACGGCAUAUGGUCUAUCCCUUGGACGAGGAAAUAGCAAUGUGGCUCCGCCAUCACCAUCGCUCAGCAGUUCUGUACGCUGCCUGAAUGGUGGAGCUCAUAUUGGUCAAUGCCGUCUGGACAACGAUGCUAUUUGCACAGCUCUGGGAGGAGGAUGUGUACAUGGAGCUUGCUGUACUACUCCUUUCAUCGGUUUGACCACUGGUGCAACUACUGGGCCGGAAGUUGACGGAGAGGUGACUAGGAAGCCAAAGAAGCACACCACAAGAGAAACACCUGCUGAAGAGCAGAGAGUGACUACGGUCAGCAUUCUAGAAAGAGCAGAACUACAACGCCUCCUUGAAAAUGCGAAGACUACAGUAAUUCCGGAUCCGGACGAGUUACCGUACAGCCGACUUUGCACUUCCGGUCUGCGGCCAGUCGGUCCGUGCGUUAAUAGUGACGACUGUCCAAGUCUGCAUCUAUGCGAAGCGGAACAAUGUUGCUAUAUUAUAUGA